AUGGCGCUGUCGACUUUGUUCAAGAGAAUCGAGCUGCCUCAUGGAUCGCGAUGGAUUAACGACGAUGUGCGCCCGGUCGAAGCAGGGAGACGGACUUGGACGUUCCUGACAUUCCACAACUUCUGGCUCCUGAUCAACUGUAACAUUGCCACGUACCUGACCGGCAGCGCCCUUAUCCCGCUCGGAUUGACCUGGUGGCAGGCCAUCAUAGCUAUUGUGAUCGGCAACAUUCUUGCGACCUUGGCCGUUGUGGUUAGCUCUCUAGCUGGAGCGCACUACCAUAUUGGCUUCCCCGUGUUCAGUCGAGCUGUCUGGGGCACCUGGGGAGCUCAGUUCGUUGUCUGGAAUCGCAUUUUCCUCGCAUUCGUUUGGUACGGCUUCCAAUCAUGGGUUGGCGGCCAAUGCACCUACAUCAUCCUCCUUUCAUGGGAUCCCGGGUUCGCACAACACAUCCCCAACCAUAUUCCAGAAGGAACAGGUACCACCAGUGCUGAGUUCCUGUGCUACUUCAUCUUCUGCGUCAUUAGUCUCCCCGCGCUGUGGAUCCGUCCCCACCGCAUCGAGAAGUUCUUUUACAUUGCCAGCGCAGUCACGCUGGCCUUCUUCCUCGUGCUUUUGAUCUGGGCCCUGGCGACCAUGGGAUCCGAUGGGUUCGGCGAUACCCUUAAUGACGGUGGCUCCAUCCCAACCACCGGCGGCCCGUACAGCACCGCCUGGUUGAUGGUGUACGGUAUCAUGUCGACCAUCGGGUCCAUCGCGGCGGGGAUUCUGAACCAGAACGACUACGCUCGUCUGGCGCGGCGGCCAGGAGAUGCCAUCUGGGGCCAGGCACUGGCCUUCCCGCUGUACAGCAUCGCCGCGUCCAUCAUCGGCAUCCUCGUCACAGCCGCCACGCAGAAGCGCAUGGACGGUGAGGCCGUCUGGAACCCGCCCACGCUCUUGGUGGGCCUGCUCGAGAAGGACGAGAGCCCCGCCACCCGCGCCGCCGUCUUCUUCGCCGGACUCGCCCUCAUCAUCUCCCAGCUCGGCAGUAACCUUCCCGGUAAUGCCCUGUCCGGCGGCAUGGACUUGGCCUCCGUGUUCCCGCGCUUCAUCAACAUCCGUCGUGGCGCCUACAUCGUCGCCAUCCUCAGCCCCGUCGUCAACCCUUGGCGGCUGGUCAACACCGCCACCAUCUUCCUGACCGUCCUCUCGGGUUAUGGUGUCUUCUUGGCUCCCAUGACGGGUAUCAUGGCGGCGCAUUACCUGAUCGUCGCCCGCAUGAAGAUCAACGUCGACGACCUUUUCGUCGGCGACAGCAGAGGCAUCUACUGGUACUCGGCGGGUAUCAACUGGCGCGCCCCGGUAGCGUGGAUUGUCGGCCUCGUCCCUUGUUUCCCCGGCUUCGUGGCCGCCGUCAACACGUCCGUCGUCAUUUCUGAUGGUGCGACUGAGCUGUUCUACCUGAACUAUCUGUAUGGCUUCCUGGCGAGUGCGGUAGCCUAUGCGCUUCUGCACUGUAUUUUCCCGGACAGGAAGCUCGACGCGUUUGUUCAAAACGGUGCCUCCGCGCGAGAGACCCAGAGAUUCUAUAAUAGGCGUUGGGAUGUAAUCGAGGCGCAGACGCCGGAGAUCGAGGAGGAUUGCGAGGUGCCGACCGUCAAGGAUGGAUUCGAGACUUCGCUGUAG